AUGUUAUACUCUCAACUCGAUGGCUCCUACUUUGUGGAGUUCGAUGAUCAUCAGCACAGAAUUACAGCCCAAGAAGUAGCACAAAUGAUGUCUCGUCAACGGCAAGAGCUGAUUGGCGAUGAGCUUUCACGACUAGCAGGCGAUGAAUACCUGGAGGAUAUCAUGCAGCAUAUGCGACAGAUGGAGGCAUGUUGCAACAUCGACGCACAUCACAUUGCGUCUGCUUCACUGAUCGAUGAGCAGCCCGAGAUCGAUUGGUUCAAGCGGCCGUACUUGAUAAAUUUCCUCGUCGAGGCCCAUGCCGCCUUUGACCUACUACCCGAGACUCUCUUCCUCACUGUGAACCUCAUCGACCGGUACUGCACCAAGAGAAUUUUGUUAGAAAAAUACUAUCAAUUGGCUGGAUGCGCCGCGCUACUCAUCGCUGCCAAGUAUGGCGACGAAAAGGGCCGCAUUCCCCAGAUUCAUCGACUCGAGGACAUCUGUUGUGGACUCUAUGAUGCUGGCUUGUUCACCCAGAUGGAGUGGCAUGUCCUAGAGACCCUCGAUUGGGUCAUUGGCCACCCCACCGUCGACUUCUUUUCGCAGCUAAUCGUGCUAGAGGAGGGUGACGAUCAAGUGGUUACACACAUGGCUGCCUAUCUCUGUGAGAUUGCGUUGUACCAUCGCGAUUUCGUCUCCACCCGGCCGACGGUUAUGGCCCGAUCAUCUCUGGACCUUGCGCGGGUGAUCCUCGGUCGCGCCGAAGUUAAGAACGAGGAGGAUUGGGACCGGAUGGAAAAUGCUACGUGGAUCGCUCUAUUGCGUCACUGUCAGAGUCCUUCUCCUACACUCGUCCGCAAGUACUCGACAGCCGGGUAUUCCGGAGUGUCCCAGAGGCUGGCCCGCUUUACAGCAGAGCAAAAUGCCAUUGCCCAUCGAGCUACUGGCCCUGCUACCCCCAGGGCCAAAACCAUUAACAAAUACAUGGGGAAUAUCUACAGUACUUCCCAAAAGGGAUACAAUGUCCUGCACGUUCAUGACUACCCUACUCCCCCGAUUACACCGUACAGUAACUGCUGGAUGGGAAGCCAGAGCCUGCCUCGGGAUGCCCAGACUUCCACCCAAUGA